UCCGACUUCUUCACUCAGCCUUCCUUGCCUGCCCUGUGGCUCCCUCCAGCCAGACAUAACCGGUGGAGCGCCUCCUUGCAAGGACACACUCGGGCCUCCAAGGCCCACGUGCACAGACAGCCCCUUGAAGCCCGCCGCUGCCUCUGGGCAUUUACCGCAGGAGGGAAAACGCCAGCCCUCGCCCGCUGACAUCACCGCACAUCCCUUGCAACCACAAAAGGAAAACAGUGGCCAAGAUGAAAAUAAAGGCAAGCCUCAAAGUGAAAGGAAAAGUGACCACAGCCACCACCAGGGCUUUGCAGGUGGAAACGAUGCUCGGGCGCAAACAGAGACUCAGUUGCACAGCACAGACCUUGCAGCUGGCUCGGCAAGCAAAAGGGAACACCCAAGAGCCCUCUCCAACGCACCUGAGCCCGACGCCUCUGGCCCAGAGCUUUCACAGCCCCUUUCACCCACCACUGCCACUCUCCGCCGGCGCACCGCUGCCACCACAAUCCCCAACCACGGCCACCCCAACAAAACACUGCCCCGAGACCACCAGCACAGCCACCAGCACAGACUGGAAAGCACGGCAGGAAACUCCCAGCAAGCAGAAAGCGAUGAAGGGAAAGCUGCUGCCAUACAAAGCCGUGCACCCGCCAGCGCCCCAAGCACAGCCACCAGCAGCACCGGCAAGCCUCACCAGGCUCCUCCUGCCCAGCACCACCCGACAGCACCCACAGAACCAGCAUGGCUGCGCCCACCGCCACACAGCCGCGGCUGCCGCACGCCGCCCCGCCGCUCCUGCUCCUGCUCACCGCUCUGGCCACCAGCCUCGCCUGCCAACACCUCUGGACGCACGACGACACCUUCCCCGGCGACGCGCUCCGCCUCCUCCAGGACACGGCUCCCAGCCACACACAGCCCUGCCACCUCCAAGAGCCGCCCUUCUUCCCCGACACCCUCCUCCACGACAACCUCCACCCGCACCAAGCCGCCGCCACCGCCCUACGCAUCCUCCAGCACCUCUUCCACACCCUCAGCUCCAACAGCACCCGCCAGCACUGGCCCAGCCACGCUCGCAACCAACUCCUCAACAAACUGCAGCACCACAUCCACCACCUCGAGCAAUGCCUCCCCGACAACGCCCCGCUCUUCAAAGGACCGCGCAACCCGCUGCUCGCCAUCAACAAGUACUUCAGGGACAUCCACCUCUUCCUCCUCGCCCACAACCACAGCGCCUGCGCCUGGGACCACGUCCGCCUCGAAGCUCGUGCCUCUUUACGGCACCUCCACAACCUCACACGCACCAUGCGCCGCUAGCGCAAACACCCACGCUCCAACCCACGCCUACCGCCCAAACCCACCUCCAACCCCACGCCUCCUCUCACCUGGCACCGGAGACAGGGCUGCAACAACCGCUCCGCACCCGCGGCCUUCAACCGCCGCGUCUCCAUUUGGAUUCAGCCUCUCCCAUUGAUGUGGACAAAGGACCUUCCCCACUUCUGUGUAGACUUAUUUAUUUAUUUAUUUAU